CAGUAACCAGCAUCCAUUCUGAUGAACAAGGGUUUUUGACUUACUCUGCUUUGGCUUUCCGUCAUCCUCGCCUUCUUCUUCUUCUACAGCUUCUUCUUCUUCGUAUUCUUCUUCACCCAUUUCGGUAUCUUCAUACUGCUCCUCUUCCUCUACAACCUCUUCGACUUUCUUAUGAGCUUUCUUUGAUGGGCGCUCAUUGUCGUUAUCAGUCACCUGCUUGCGCUUGGGGCUCUUAGCUGCUGGUGCCAUGUCGAGAUCGGUACUGAAAAGUUCUAAAAGUCGGUUCAGCAAAAAGGCAAAAAAGAAAAAAAAUGUCCAAGUGACUGCUAUUUCCUCAGUCACUGUAUGUCCUCCCAUUGCCCAACCGUUUCAGGGCUGCCACCGGAAAUGAACAAAGCAGAGAAAGAUCCCCAGGAUGACAGCCAAGACAAAAUGGUGUUGGAGUCAGUCAGUGGACGAAGGCUCAGCUAUGAUAUGAAGACUCCAUUCUACGGAGAUUGCCGUGAUGUUGACGACUUUAAGAAACUCAAUAGAGUGGGCGAAGGCACUUACGGAGUUGUGUAUCGAGUGAACGAUACCAAGACUGGAAGAAUCUGCGCACUCAAACGAAUACGGAUGGAAGGCGAAACCGACGGCUUGCCUCUGUCGAGUCUGAGAGAAAUUAUGAUCCUGAAGCGCAUGCGAAAUCGAAAUAUUGUCAAUGUCACGGAUGUAGCAGUAGGGCCGCAGUUGGAAUCCAUCUUUUUGGUCAUGGAGUACUGUGAACAGGACAUGGGAACUUUAAUGGAUGCUGUGCCAACACCAUAUACACCAUCAGAAGUCAAAUGCUUGAUGCUUCAGCUUCUUGAAGGCCUUAAUUAUUGUCACAAAAACUAUAUCAUACACAGAGACUUGAAGUUGUCUAACCUAUUAUUAACACACGAGGGGAUACUGAAGAUUGCUGAUUUUGGACUGGCGAGGACCUUGAGUCUACCUAGUAAACCCAUGACGCCAAAAGUCGUUACGCUAUGGUACCGUGCACCAGAGCUGUUAUAUGGAGAUGCCCACUACACUACGGCCGUGGAUAUGUGGUCGGUUGGAUGCAUAUUUGGCGAACUCAUGAAGCACAAGCCUUUGCUGCCUGGCAACACAGAGCAAAAGGAGAUUGAGUUGAUUGUCAAUCUGAUAGGCUCCCCCAGCGAUGCCAUCUGGCCAGGCUACUCGAAGCUCCCCUUUGCCAAAUCAUUGAAUAUACCAAAGCAAGACUUUAACAACCUCAAAUUGGAAUUUCCACGAGCAACAGAACACACAUUAAGUCUAUUGUCGGGUCUUUUAACGUACAAUCCCAAGGCGCGUUUGAACGUGAAACAGGCACUGCGACACCCCUACUUCAUAGAAUCUCCACGUCCGUUAGAUCCUUCCCUAUUGCCAACGUAUCCCGAAAUCCGCAAUCAAAUAUCGGAGAAGGAGAAAAACAGAAGGGCUCACGAUGAAGAGCGGAAGAAACGGCUUGCACAUGAAGGUAAUGACAGUAUAUUCAGUGCCGACCACUACAAGAAGCGACGGAAAGAUUAAGUGGAAGGAAUAAAAGAAAAAAAGAAGGGAAUGAAGGCUGUUCA